AUGUGGUCACAGAUCCAAAAGAUCGAAGAAAACGAAUCCAUUCAUUCAUUCUUGCCACUGCGAUCCUCGAAAAUGACGUCGUUUGGAACGAAUUGGCUCUUGCUAGCUCUUGCUCUCCUUCUCCUGAAAUUAUCGGAUUGUGCCACUGCUGAUGAGGUCAGCUCUGAGAAGCCAAAGGUAGUAGUACGCUUUUAUGGCGAAGCCCAAUGUCCAUUCUGCCGUAAAUUUGUGACUGAAGUUUGGCAACCCAUUUGGGAGGAUCUCGAGCUACGCAACUAUAUAGACUAUGACUUUGUUCCAUGGGGAAACGCCUACUUUGCCACCAAGCAGUGUGGCAGUGGACCCUACAAUUCGGUAGAACGUGCGUGCUGGUACAAGAACUGUAUCAACGAACAAUCGGAUGGCAAGAAGGAUUGCUUUGAUAGCGAAGCGGUCGUCUAUCAGCACGGUCAGAAGGAGGGCGACGUGGAUGUUUACGAAUCGUGUAUCAAGACUCUGUUUGGACUGGAUUAUGCAGUUGAGUUUACCUAUUGUGCUGAAGGGCCAAAGAUGGAUAACAAGUCUCAGGACUCCAAGGCAUUGAUGAAGGAAUGUGCUGGCUUGGUAAUCCCCAAGGUAGACUUUCCCGCAAUCGACGAAUGUUUUGACCUACAGGGAAGAAAAUUGGAGAUUCACAAUGCUCGAAAUACUCCCGAGCAUCCUGGAGUUCCAUACGUUUUGAUUGAAGGAGCUCCAAUUGACGACAUUGCGCACACCAAGGAAACAAUCUGCAAGCGUCUCGAAGAGAAGGCACUUGACCCGCUUCCAAAAGCGUGUCGGUCUGAGCGCCAGAGUUUUCUUCGCCAUUUUUUUUCAAAGAUUAGAGGAACCUAA